GGGGAAGAGAUGCGUUUUCGACAUGCUAAAUUUGCGAUGACGACGUCUUCCAAUACAAAACUGAAAUUACACUUUGGGGAAUCAACGAAGGUCAAGCUGGGCCGUGUUUAGGCUGGGGCCUGCCUAAGCCGAGACCAGGAGCUGAGGAGACACGCUGGAGGGAGGCUCCCGGGGACCGCGGGCGACAGGAACCGGGUGACCCAGGAGCUUAACCCCGGACUUCGCCAAGUGCCCGAGCACAUGCCCGUCCGCGCCCACUCCCCGCGCGCUGCCCUGGGCGCGCGCCCCUCCCGGGUCCGCCCCUCCAGGCGUGGCGAGGACGCACGCAGGCCGCUGUCACCCGGAAGACGCGACUGGGCUGACGCGGGUGGCCCGCAGGGGGCGGUCGAAGGGCGAGAGGGCCGCUGGAUUCCGGAUGCCGGGGUCUGCGGCGCUGGGCGCGGCGGCGAUCGCGGUGGUGGGCGUGCUGCUUCUCUUGCAGCAGGAGGACGCGGGGCCCGGUGCUGGGCUCAGAAUGACCGAGACGCAGGCGCUGCCGAAGCUUCGGGAAGACUUCAGGAUGCAAAAUAAAUCUGUCUUUAUUCUGGGUGCCAGCGGAGAAACCGGCAAAGUGCUUCUGAAAGAAAUCCUGGAACAGAACCUAUUUUCCAAAGUCACUCUCAUUGGCCGCAGGAAGCUCACCUUCGAGGAGGAGGCUUAUAAAAACGUGAAUCAAGAAGUGGUAGAUUUUGAGAAGCUGGAUGACUACGCUUCUGCAUUUCAAGGUCAUGACGUUGGAUUUUGUUGCCUGGGCACCACCAGAGCAAAAGUGGGAGCGGAAGGAUUUGUUCGUGUUGACCGGGAUUACGUGCUGAAGUCUGCGGAGCUGGCAAAAACUGGAGGUUGCAAACAUUUCAACUUGGUGUCCAGUAAAGGAGCCGAUAAGUCAAGCAACUUUUUGUAUUUACAAGUUAAGGGAGAAACAGAAGCCAGGAUUGAAGAAUUAAAAUUUGAUCGUUACUCCGUAUUUAGGCCUGGAGCUCUGUUAUGUGACAGGCAAGAAUCUCGCCCAGGUGAAUGGCUGGUCAGGAAAUUCUUUGGCUCCUUACCAAACUCUUGGGCCAGUGGCCUCUCCGUGCCUGUGGUGACUGUGGCGAGAGCAAUGCUGAACAACAUGGUGAGACCGGGCAGCGAGCAGAUGGAAGUGCUGGAAAACAAGGACAUACAUGCCCUGGGAAAAGCAGACGGCUCGCUCAAGCCAUGACCAUGUUGGAGAAAUGCUUCUGCCGGCAAAUCUCCACACUCAGCACUCAAUCUGUCAUUUUAGGGUCUAAGAGAAUGUUUGUGUUUAACUUUGUUGUUUAACUGUUCUUAUCGCAGCGAUCUAAGAAACAGCUGUGCUCUGAAGCAUUGGUUCAGAGCCUGGCCAUAACACAUAGCUUUUCCAAAAACUCCCUGGGUGACCUACUGCAAAUCUUCUGGGUCAGAAUUUUGGGGUUGUGGGCGUGGGAAUCUGUAGUUCUCAUUUGUUUAAAAUUCCCUUCAUUGGGAGCCAGCUUGGAAAUGGUUAUUUGUAGAGCUACAAUGGUAGUGUAAACAUUACAUACUAUGUGGAUGAGUACUGUUCUAAAGUUGCUGGCAUCACAGCCUUGAGUUACACAGAUGCUCACUAAUGGUGCUCACGAAUGGGUAAGUGAACACGGUGCCUUUACUGCUUCUUUAGAGUGUAUUAUAAAAAUACACAGCCAGGGUUACAUAAUUCAUGGGGUGAAAUCAAUAGAGGAAUAAAAACAAGUGGACAAA